GUUGCGCGGGAGGCAGACGCGAGCUGAGGGGGGAGAGGCUGUCUUCAGCCCCGGAGGCACCGGGAACCUGCCUCGGGUGCUGCGAGGCGCCCUGCAGCUGCGCUCCGGCAUUCCCGGCGGAGGUGGGCGCCGCCUCCCAUGCGCUGGAGGCCCGUCCGGGUGUCAGCCCUCUCGCCCCCGCCGCACCGAGAGCGCCUCGUCGUGGGGCGACUGGACCGGACGUGCGCCGCCAGGGACGCCGGCGCGGAGCGGCGAGGCGAGGCAAGGCCCGGCCGCCCCCGCGGCGGCAGCGCCCGGACCCCUGGGGUCCCCAUCAGGGGCCCCGCGCCAGGAUUUGUGUGUGAUCGGCAUUGUGCUGUACCACAGUUUGUUUUUUUUUGCUUCAAGACACCUUGCAUUAAAGGAUCAUGGUAGACAGUUUAAUAGUUUCUUUGAGACUUCUCAGUUCCCUAGCAGUGCUGGGAUUUCAACUGGUCAUCCCACAGCCUUCAAUUGAACACAGAAAGGUUCCCCAGAGGAUAGAAAAACAGACAGAUGCAUCUGAGGAUAGCAGUGCAGGAAUCCCAGGCAUGUGGGGAAGCUGGGGCCCCUGGUCUGCCUGCUCUCGGAGCUGCAGUGGCGGUGUGAUGGAGCAAACGCGGCCCUGCCUCCCAGCCUAUUACCGUGAAAGGGGCUACCGCAGGCCAGGGCAGCAGUACCCAGCCUCGGAGAGAACUCUUGCUCAUCAGAAUUACCGACACCACGAGGACUCACUGAGUGCUUAUCCUGGCCAUGUCAUUUCUGCCAUCCGUACAUCUGUGCCACUCCAUAGGAAUGAAGAGCAGCUUUGGGCUGGCCUUUGGGCCUCUGCGUCUUCCGGAGGCCAUAAUAACAGCCAUUUGAGCAGAGGAGCAUUGAGGGGCAGCAGGCAUUCUCAGUCCCAGAGGCAGAACGCCAAGCCUGAAAAGAGAAGCAGAAACAGAAAUCCUAUUGGUCCUGGAAAGUACGGAUAUGGAAAAGUGCCGUACAUUUUACCUUUACAAACUGAUACUGGUCAGCAGCCUGAGAAACUUCGGAGGCAGCGACAGUCAUCAAGGAACCACAUGUUUCAGCAGAGUCCAAGUCCCAUGAACGCUUACAGCCAGGCAGCUAGUCCUUCACGCCAACAUGGGAAUCUUUAUCAAGAAGAAAGUGGGCCUCAGGCUGGACAUCAAGUCCUGGGACCCUCAGUUUAUCAGUCAUCUUCAUUUCCUGUAUCUCAAAGCCUGUUUCACAGCAGUGACUCAAACCAUCAUGGGUCUGCAUCACACCAGGCAGUCCAGGGUCAGCCCCAGCCUCAAAGGGCUGCAGCAAUUGUGUGCAUUGGCACUUACAAGCAAUAUAAACUCUGCAACACAAAUAUGUGUCCUGAAAGCAGCAGAAAUAUUAGAGAGGUGCAAUGUGCAUCAUACAAUAACAAGCCAUUUAUGGGUCGAUUUUAUGAAUGGGAGCCUUUUGCAGAAGUGAAGGGAAGUCAGAAAUGCGAGCUGAAUUGCCGUGCAAUAGGUUACCGAUUCUAUGUGAGACAAGCUGAAAAGGUGAUAGAUGGGACACCCUGUGACCAAAACGGAAGUUCAGUCUGUGUGGCAGGGCAGUGCAAGAGCAUUGGCUGUGAUGACUAUCUGGGUUCAGAGAAGGUGAUUGACAAGUGUGGAAUAUGUGGAGGGGACAACACUGCUUGCAAGGUUGUGUCUGGAGUUUUCAAACACACGCUAACAAAUCUUGGCUACCACAAGAUAGUGGAAAUUCCUGAAGGAGCUACUAAAAUCAACAUCACUGAGAUGUCAAAGAGCAACAACUAUUUGGCACUGCGGAGUCGAUCAGGACGGUCCAUCAUCAAUGGAAACUGGGCAAUUGAUCGACCUGGGAGAUAUGAAGGUGGUGGGACGAUGUUCACUUAUAAACGCCCAAAUGAGAUCUCCAGCACUGCAGGAGAGUCAUUUUUAGCUGAUGGUCCAACAAAUGAAGUCCUUGAUGUCUAUAUGAUACAUCAGCAGCCUAACCCAGGUAUACAUUAUGAGUAUAUCAUUCCAGGAGACAAUGUCAUUAGUCCUCAGCUGCUUGCUCACAGGAGGCCAGGGGAGCCCUUGAAUGGUCAGUUAGGAAUGCGAGAAAGUACAAAUCAUGAGGAUGAGGAUUUGCAUAAGGAGACAGAUACUCUCACUGGACAGUCAGCUGGAACUUUUCCAGUUAUUCAGCCAGGAAGAUUUCCUUCUCAUCAACCAGAAAACCAGGCACCUGCUGUGCAACCACCAAGACAAAACCGAGAACACAACUGGAAACAGAUCGGAAAAACUGAGUGCACCACUACAUGUGGGAAAGGGUCACAGUACCCAGUUUUUCACUGUGUCAACAGAAUCACUCAUGAGGAGGUAUCUGAGAGUUACUGUGACAGCAGCACCAAACCCAUUCCAGAAGAGGAGGCCUGCAACCUCUUCCCAUGUCCAGCUUUCUGGGAUAUAGGGGAGUGGUCUGAGUGCAGCAAAACAUGUGGCCUUGGUAUGCAGCAUCGACAGAUCUUAUGUCGGCAAAUGUAUGCCAAUCGUACCUUGACAGUUCAGCAAUACCGCUGUCAUCACCUGGAGAAACCAGAGACAACCAGCACUUGCCAGCUGAAAAUCUGCAGUGAAUGGCAGAUUAAGACAGAGUGGACUUCAUGUUCAGUGCCUUGUGGAGUGGGGCAGAGGACCCGAGAUGUGAAAUGUGUCAGCAACCUUGGAGACAUUGUUGAUGAUGAGGAAUGUAACAUGAAGCUGCGGCCAAAUGAUAUUGAGAACUGUGACAUGGGUCCAUGUGCUAAGAGCUGGUUCCUUACAGAGUGGAGUGACAGGUGUUCUGCAGAAUGUGGUGACGGAGUCCGUACACGUUCAGUGGUUUGUAUGACGAACCAUGUCAGCAGUUUGCCUCUGGAAGGCUGUGGCAAUAACAGACCCUUUGAAACAACUCCCUGUAAUAAUGGACCAUGUGCUGGUAAAGUGGAGUGGUUUGCUGGGUGCUGGACACAGUGCUCUACGGAAUGUGGCAGUGGAACUCAACAGAGAGAAGUAAUUUGUGUUAGGAAAACUGAAGGUAAUUUUGAUGUUUUGAACCCCUAUGAAUGUUCGUAUUUGGAAAAACCUCCCAGCCAGCAAUCCUGCUACCUCAAACCCUGUGGAUCUAAGUGGUUUCAUACAGAAUGGAGCACAUGUUCUAAAUCCUGUGAAGGAGGAUUUCGGGUUCGAGAGGUACGAUGUCUAUCAGAUGACAUGACAGCCAGUACUCAGUGUGAUCCACAGCUUAAACCCGAAGAAAAAGAAUCUUGUAACACACAAGAUUGUACCCCUGAAAUAGAUGAGAACUGCAAAGAUAAAUACUACAAUUGCAAUGUGGUGGUUCAGGCCCGGCUCUGUGUCUACACCUAUUACAAAACAGCCUGUUGUGCAUCCUGUACACGUGUGGCAAACAGACAGUCAGGGUUUCUAGGACGUAGAUAACAAAUACUCUUCUACUCAAAGUGGCAAUGUCAGUCUUCGGAUAGAGCUUGAACAGUGUUACUGUUUUGACUACAGCAGGUUGUAGCUUCUUAGGAGAUUUUUUUUAAUAUUGCUGAGUACAUCAAGACUAUGGUUAAAUCUCACACCCUUUCAGUUACAGUUGUACAGUUAUCUUUUUUAAAAUGUUUGUUGUAAAACCAUGAUCUUUUUAAAGCAUUAAUUUUUAAUGAUACUAUUCUUCACACCUGCUCAUCAGAUAAUUAUUUAAAGAACAUACCAGCCUUAGUAUUGUCAAAUUAAUGAAAACUGAAUUGAUCACAGGCAAUUACUGGAGAUAUUUGACCAGUAUGUAUACAGCUGCUGCAUUAUUUUCUGAGUGCUUACUCUUACUUGGUAUUUUGGACUGCCUUACAUUAGACAACAUGAAACAUGCACAUGAGAAAAAUUACUUCACAAUGAGCCCAACCCUUGAAGACCCAUUAUCAUCAGUUUCUUAGCACUCUAAUGUAUAUUUUUAAUUACUUCAGUCCACUCAUAAUAAAUUACAGUCACUGUUAAGCUCUUUCAGUUGUACUUUUAACUAACGUCCUAUCCUCAUCUGCAAAUAUAUAUAUGCUUGACUGCCAAAAAGUGCCUUUAUAUUUAAUUCAUAAACUCUUGAAGCUACACUUUUCUAAUUUUGUAUGGAUUUUAAGAUACGUUACCUCCCAGAGUGCCACUAGUGUCUAGCCCUUUAAGUCUUUAACAACUGCAGCUGUCAGUGAGACAGAUUUACCAGAAAGAGCCUUUGCUGGUGUAAAAAAAAAAAUUAAAAUGUUAUUGUUUCCAUUGGCAAGGUCUCUUUCCUGAAGGUCAGUUCUUUCAGUGAAGUGGUAUCUUGCCUAGCGCCUUGUCUCUGCACUAUUGUUUAACAACUACCGUACCAAAGUACUUUGUCCAGACCUAGUCUGGCUAUAUCACCAGUUUUUUAAACAAUCACCAAAGGAUGCAGGCCUCUGUGCUUUAUAUUGGUCUGUUACCCUUGGUAUCAGGCAGCAGUAUGAGUGUAGUAGCUGAGUAUCUGUAAAAAGUUUUGACAAGUUGUUACAACAUACUUGUCUUUUUUAGUCAAUGUUUCAUCCUGCAGAUCUAUUCAUAUCACUCCUUUUCUAGUACUCAAGAAUGGCUCCAGACUUACAGCUGAAUUUAGGUAGUGAUUUUUCAUUUAUGCAAUUACUGUACUCAGCCUUGGGACUUGCUAAAAGCAAAUAGAAUGUGCUAUGCACUGCAGCUGAAAUUUUUUGUGUUAUCUGUACAUUCUCUAGACUUUACCUGAGAGGUCUUUCACAUGUGUAAAUAAGACUGAGGGAAUAAAUAAACACUUCUGCUUAUUCAGCUGUUUAUUAACAGCAUAUUGCUUGUAAAAUUAGUGAUACCCAACUGUACAUCUAUUUCUAAGGUGCCUGUUGUCUGAGUUGAAAAGCAGUUUUAAUCUAUGUUAAGACACUCCCAGUGAUGUGAUAGAGCAGUGAUUGAAGUGACCUGCUACUGAUGAAGAGCCGUGUUUGAACCUCAUUGUGUAUUCUUCUUACUGCUUUGGUGGAGAGGAUGUAAAAGAGAGAAUGGGGCACUGGGAGGCAAAGGUUGCUGGGUGUGGUACUAGUCACCUCAGUUUGUGUGCUGGAAGCAACAGGAAGGUGGAACUCCUGUAGUCUAAAAGCUGCCUUGGAUUGAGACAAACCUUUGAUUUUUUGAUUUGGUCACUCGUGAAGAAUAUAUUUCGGAUACAAUGAACUACUGCUGUUUGGCCAAGGGAAUUGAAGAAGUGUUUUCCGUAAAAUUUGAAGUUACUGUUUGUGACUCUAAACCAAUAAUGUCAUUGGCUGGUCCUGUACACCUUGAUUGGGCUUUUUCACUGUAAUUAAUUGAUAUAAAGCUGUUAGAAACAGAAAUGCUAAUUAGAAAGGCUUUCAUGUGAGUUCAUUAAUCUUUCACAGUCCUAUUUCCUUGUAUGAUUAAGAUUUAUCCAUAUAACUUACAGAUUUGUGAUUGUAAUAUAUGCCUUAGGUUCUUGACCAAAGAAUGAUAUGGAGAAAGUGCAGCAUAACCAACUCUGGAAUCCAGUAUUUGUAAAUACAGAUUUUUAUCUGGAUAUCUCAUUGCAGCAAGCCUUGACAUACCAUAUAUAAUUUUUGGUGUUGUCUCUUUUGUCCCAAGGAAGUAUAUCCUGUCAGCUUGAGGCAAAUACCUGUUCCAUAAAAAGGGUUUCUGAAAACCACAAGGUGAAUGAAAUGCAGAAAGGUAAUCAGGCUUGCAAUCAGUUCAUAGAAAAUAAUCUGCUUGCGCAGACUUUUGGCUGUGAGACAGUCAGUGGCUCAGCACACAGACAGGUGAUGCUGGCUUUUAUAAAAUGUUAUUUUGCUCUACAGUAUAUGGCCAUUGGGUUAUGUUACACAGGUGAUCAUCUUGUAGGCUCCACUAAAGUAAACAGAGUUCAUGGGAGGUAAAUGUCAAAGAAUAUAUACAUACAUAAUAGCAAUAUAAACCUGUUUAUGCCUAAGGUAUACAGUUUUGUGAUUUGAAUGCAAUUAUAGUUAUACAAAUUGUACUUUUUUUUAGUAAAGGGACAGUUUAUCAGGGACAGAUGUACCUGAUAAAACAAAAAACUAUUGUUUCACCUAAUUAAACAUCUUAUGAUAAGGAAACUGCCAGAAUGUUGCUGAACUCUAAAAAUUUAUCAUCUCUUCUCAUGUGUCAGCAUAAUGAAAAUAGUUGUUCCUGCAAAGUGAAUUAAUGACCCCUUCCUUUCAGCACUUUGAUGUACUAAUAUUAUCUACACAAAGUGCGUGCUACAGUAAGAUUUCACCAUCACUCAAAGUGCACUUUUGAAACUGUGAUUAUACCAAGUGUUUUUUUUACUAGAGCAGUGCACCAAGUUAGGAUGGUGCUUGCAGAGGGCCUGAUUUUACUUCCACUGUAAAUCAGAGGUACCCUUAAUGAAUGCAGUAGACUUCAAGCAGGUGUAAAACCAAUAUGAGUAAGAAAUGAUGCAGACUUCUGAGUUUGAAUGUUUUAAUUUCUUUUUCUGAUAUUUUAACAUCAGUCAAAAUCCCACAGAAUGGUGGAAAAAAAUGCUUCCUUGCCUUAAAGAUUUUCAUCUUAUACAAUCCAGAAAGACCAGAGUCAGUGUUGGAAGACUGCUGUAGGUGGUUGAUUGAAAGAGCCUAAGCAGUCUAACUGCUUAGAGGGGUAAAAUCAGCAUAUAGCUUUCAUGUCUUGCAGGUCUGCCAAAAUUGGUUCCAUCCAGAGCAGGCUCUCUGUCUGAGAGCACUUUCCUUCUGCAGUUGAGGGCUGCUGGUGCAGUUGGUUAUCCUGUCCAAUGUCAGAUCCAAGCAUAUGUAGGUAGAAUUGCUUGUGUAUGGCAAUUGCAUGCCAAGGUUGAGAGCACUUAUUAGCAGCACUGAAUUCAUGGAGUUCUCCCUCUCACUAGCUGAGAAAACUGAAGAAGAUGGUGUGGAAGCAUAGGGGUUGCUCCUGUGGGAAUGAUCCUGUGUCUGUCCUGGCCAGCAAUGAGACAGUAUUUGCUUUAGUGUCUGUGACCUUCAGUCCCCAGGGCUCUGAAUUAGGGAGGGUCUUGUUAGCUGGCAGUCGAAUGCUGGAGAGUGCAGUGCAGGACACAUGGGUGUUCUUGCAAGCCUGCUAGCCUUGAGGUCCAUCUGUAGUGUAUGCCCAUGGACUCGAUGUAGGACUACCUCAGUAUCCCUGCAUGGGGAACUAGUGUCUUCCUCAUUACAUGCAUUAUCUAUCUCCUUCUUUCCCCAAUACUUUCUGUAUGAAUAAAGCAGUGUUUAACAUUACUGUUGCUGGUUAGAUCCCACUUUUAGGGCAAUAUGUUGCAGUUCAGAGUUUGGUCCUUUUAUACAGGAAAAAAAAGCAAUGUGUUGCAGAGCAUGUUAAGUUAAUGACAUGUUAAUGCAAAGACAUAUUUUAGAAUACAUGUUCAUAAACUUGAUAAAAGCAGUCAGUGUAGUCCUGACUCAAGUGAGUACAUGAAACUUGUAGUACAGAAGACCAUAUGGGACAGCAGUAUUGCCAGGACCCUGCUACUUACUUUGCUUAUGUCCCAGUCCUAGAAGGUGCCAGUGAUCACCACUGAGGGAGGAAGGAGGUAGGUGCUGGAAACAGCUUAUGGCUAGUAAAGGGGAGAUUAUGUCUUCCUGAAGGAAAUACUUUGCUUUCACUCUUCAUAAUCUGUACCACCGUAAGCAGUAAAAUGUGCUUUCCACGGCUUUGCUUUUCUUCAUCCUCAUCCUGGUCUGUCUCCCUUUUACACCCACAAGUGUUCUCUUCUUCCUCUUGUCUCACCUCCAUCCCUUUGUCCUUUGGAUGACAAUAUUCAAUUUUGCCAGAAUUACUGCCGACCUGGCCAUUUGGUCAAUAAGAAUCUGUGUCAGAAAUGAGCCCAGCUAUGAAAAGAGCUAUAUUCCUGCCAGUCCAGUGAUUUUUUGUGGUGUGUGUUUAUGUGUCUGUCCAUGUUGGCUAGUUUUAAAUGCAUAGUAUUAAAGUACCUACUGAAUGAAUUGCUGUGCAAUGAACCUGUGAUUGCACCGCUAUUGAACUAUAUAGUGGCCCUUCAUUCUCAGAUCUAACAUAUAUUGCAUAAAAAAAGAGAAUUAUCGUCUUCACGCUCAAAAAGGAAAAACUGUGUCUACCUGGGUUUCAUGAGACUUACACUUAGAGUCUCUGACUUCUUUAACAGCUGUUCUGUGUUUUGGGCAGAUAAUUAAUAUGCAUGUCUGUAACUGGAAUACAAAACAUGACAUUUUGAACACUAAAAGUAAAAUUCCUUUAUUCUUAGCUUCCAGAAUAUGUUUGUGGGUGAUAUAUAUUUUCUGUUGUUUAGAAAAUGGAGUAAUUAUUUCUAUAUCAGAAAUGAAAAAUCAUCCACUCAGCAUUUUCAAUAUCUUUUAAAGCAAACAUGUCAUCAUUAUAAUAGCUCAGUAGUGUGGGUAAAAUUCAGACCUGGUAAAAGGGAGAAAAUUCCAUUUAAGGUUACUCACACCAGACCUGAACUCAGCUCUUUCUUUGAUUCUCAGCUUUUAACAACCAGAAGUUCUUAAGAAUGUGAGUUCCCAAUCUUCUGUAUCCCCAUUAUAGAUAACUACCACUAUAUCUGGAGAGGAGGGGAGCUUAGUGUUGAGAAAUCAUUGACCUUCCAGUGACAGUCUGUUAUUGCUGCUUGCCCGAACUGUUUUGUCCAUGCUGUGUUUAGGUCUUUUGAGACCAGUGGCCUUGGCAGGGGUUGGGUACCUACAAGCUUGUGAAGUCCCACUGAAGUCACUCAGGAUCUACAGACAGGAUCAGGAAGGACUGGAAACAAGAGAAACCCUAAUUUUUUAAAUAUGUAUAAAAUUGUCUACUUGACCCUUAUAAUUGAUUUUGGCAGAAGGAUAUACUUUAUUAUAACUUAUUUUGUUGUUAUUUGUAAAUACAAGAUGUCUAUGGGAAAUAUAUAAUUCUGAGCUGUGUCUAUGGAACAAGCCGCUGCACCAAAAUAUUUCAAAUAUUUAGAAUAGACAGAUUUUUUAUUAAAAGGGACCUAAUAUGUAUUUAUUUACAUAUACUGUUCAAAUUUUGUCCAGCUCUUUCAUUAUACUAACCCAGCUUUUUAGGGAAUUUUAUAGCACAGGUAUUACAUAUAUACUUUUGUAUAUAUGUCAUACUAUAAAUCCAUAAUACAAUUUUCUAAACUUUCUGAUUAGCCAGGUCCUUGAGUGAAUUAAAGGGGGAGAGUAUAGGCAAAUUGCUUUCUGACUCGUUCAGGAAUAUGUAUCCAUGGCAAUGAACCUGAACCAGAACUGUACAGCAUCCUUUUCAUAUUGUAUACACUUUCUCUUUGAUGAAAAAUGUUAACUAUUUUUGUUUAUGACUAAUUUAUUUUUUAUUAUUGUGGAAAAUAAAGUAAUUCAAGAUUAAUUUAUGUGA